AUGCCUCAAAAGGAAUUCUGCCCUAGGGGAUACCAGCCAGUAGCCACCAGUGAGCAGUUGGAUGCCACUGUGCAGCUCCGCAGCUCAUCUGGCAAGACAGAUUUCGACUUCACAUUUGAAGCGAUCCGUCAAAACUUAUUUCGGGUCACUUUCUCAUCAGCAAAACACCCCCUCCCGCCCUAUCCCAAUGUCACCAAACCCGAGACCAAUCUGAAAGGUCUAGAUGUGUCAACUCGAGUGGAGGGAUCCUCCAAAAUCAUCGACAUCGCUGGGGUGAGAGCGACAGUUGAAUGGGAGCACACACCCGUCGUGACGCUCUCGUGGAAGGACGCGAAAGAGCCGCUGCACCGCGACCUGCCGUUGAAGUCAUACCUUGCCGACGGGCCGGGCGUUGCAUACUACUCGGUGCAUGAUCGGGAAGCACUUCACGUUGGUCUGGGAGAGAAGGCUGCUCCGAUGGAUCUGACUGGACGUCAUUUCCAGCUUUCUGCGACCGACUGCUUUGGCUACAAUGUCCAUACAAGCGACCCUCUCUACAAGCAUAUUCCCCUAUUGAUCAAAGCGUCACCGGAAGGCUGUGUGGCCCUCUUCUCUACAACGCAUGGCCGUGGCUCUUGGUCGGUGGGAUCUGAAAUCGAUGGUCUCUGGGGUCACUUCAAAAUCUACCGGCAAGACUACGGUGGGUUGGAACAAUACAUGAUUGUUGGCCGAACGAUUAAGGAAGUGGUUCGCUCCUACGCUGAAUUGGUUGGCUUCCCACUGUUGGUACCUCGCUGGGCGUAUGGGUACAUUUCGGGUGGCUACAAGUAUACCAUGCUGGAUGAUGCGGACAAGGCGCUCUUGAAUUUCGCGGAGAAGCUCAAGGAGCAUAGAAUUCCCUGCUCAGCCCAUCAGAUGUCUUCGGGAUAUUCCAUUGCACCCGUAGAGCCCAAAGUCCGCAACGUUUUUACGUGGAACAACGACCGCUUUCCGGACCCCCAAGACUGGAUAUCCAAAAUGCACGAGCAUGGAAUUCGUCUGAUCACCAAUAUUAAACCUUUCCUACUAGCGUCACACCCUGCCUUCCAGCAUCUCAUUGAUGCUAAUGGAUUCUUCACCGAUCCAGACACGGGGAAGCCUGGCUACAUGCGCUUGUGGAGUGCCGGAGGCGCUACUGGUGAUGAUGGAUGUCACAUUGACUUCACCUCGGAGGCUGCUUUUAAAUGGUGGUUCGAGGGAGUGAAGAGCCUGAAGAAGGUCGGCAUUGACGGCAUGUGGAAUGACAAUAACGAGUACACCCUGCCAAAUGACGACUGGACUCUGGCUUUGGAUGACACCAUGGUCAACGGAGAGGCGAAAAAGGCAGCCGAGAACAAUGUCGGUCAAUGGGGGCGUGCUCUACACACGGAGCUGAUGGGCAAAUCUUCCCACGAUGCUCUUGUGGAUGUGGAACCCGAUGUGCGACCUUUUGUUCUUACCCGUAGUGCUACUCCAGGUACGAUGCGAUACUCUGCGAGUACAUGGAGUGGCGACAACGUCACAAGCUGGGACAGUAUGAAGGGUUCAACCGCCCUCUCGUUGAAUGCCGGCAUGUCACUACUCCAGUGCGAGGGACACGAUAUCGGUGGGUUCGAGGGCCCUCAACCAUCGCCCGAGCUUCUCCUGCGUUGGAUUCAGCUAGGCUGCAUGUCCACUCGAUUCGCCAUCAACUGCUUCAAAACAUCUCCCGAUAACAACUCCGUCGGUGAGGUCAUCGAGCCCUUCAUGUACCCGGAGAUCACCCACCUGGUUCGCGACGCAAUCAAACGCCGCUACGAGAUACUCCCUUACAUCUACUCACUCUCUCUCGAGAGUCACAGAGACGCACUGCCUGUCCAGAGAUGGAUCGGAUGGGGCUACGAGUCCGAUCCAGAAGUCUGGAAUAACAAGACUCUCAAGGAUGGAGAACAGCAGUUCUGGCUGGGCGACACCAUCCUCGUCGGUGGUGUCUUCAGUGCCGGGGUCACCAGCGCAAAACUCUAUCUUCCGCGCAAAACAGGCGAUGUCUUUGACUAUGGCUACGUCAACAUGAACGCUCCUUACAAUUACCUGGCAUCUGGUCAAUGGGUCGAUGUCGAGUCACAAUGGCGCCAGAGUAUCCCAUUGAUUGCCAAGAUUGGCGGUGCGAUCCCAGUGGGCAAAGAUGUCCACACUCGCAUCCCCGAUGACACAACAGCAGCCUCCCAGGGCGUCAGUGAGAUCGAUGACUACCGCGGCGUGGAAAUUUUCCCGCCUCAAGGUAGCUCUCAUGACACAGUCUUCACCAACACCUGGUAUGAGGAUGAUGGAAUUUCUCGACAUCCCAAGACUGCAGUGUACACGCUCAGCUAUAGCUCGACCGAGGAAAAGGUCUUUGUGCACUUUGAGCGUGAUGAAUCCGCUGGAUUUGUGCCAGCAUGGAAAGAAUUGGAUGUUAUUCUACACCACAACGAUACUCGGCGAGUUAUGACUAGCUCCGGCCAGGAGAUUGUGCCUAAGGGCAUCGAUCCUCAGGGACGUCUUGUCUUCACUAUCAAGGCUUGA